AUGUCAUUUGAAGGUGGAGUUGAUCGGGGUGUCAAGCGCAAAGGACCGGCGACGGACGUUUCGGAUGAUAACGAACCAAAAGCUAGAGGCCGAGCGUGUACGGCAUGCCGUGCUAUAAAAGUCCGAUGCGAUAAUCCAAACAUUGGGUACGAGGGACCAUGCAGUCGAUGCACAAGGUUAUCAUUAGAGUGUCUGUAUCAGGAAAAGAAGCGUGGUCGUAAGCCAAAAAACGACAACCCGGACGACAAGCAGCAGCAGGCGUAUAUUGCCCAGCCAAAGGUGGCACGCACCAGUUCCUCGCAGAUUUGUGAAGCUCCCAAUGGAACAUCUGAAUUCUCUUCGGUUCUGGAAGCACGCGCUCCCCGUCCGCUCGAGCACCGAACCGUUGCAUCCCUGCCCGGUUCUACCUCGACUCCCCCAUACGGGACUGCUGCCUCCCCCUCGCUGACGGUGAGCUCUAGUGACGCAAGUGGCUCACGCUACCGGGACCUUGGUCCACGCAAAAACUCCCGGGACGACGUAAAAAAGUACACGCUCGCAAAUAUCAUGUCUGAUACACCGUCUGGCCAAUCACGCCCCGACUUGGCCGUGCCACCCCCGGUCCCGCUUACGCUAGGAUUGUCUUCCAUUGACCGCCUAGAAGAUCCGCUGAAGGCUGAGUUCGUUACCGAGGCCGAAGUCGACUCGUUAUUUUAUUCAUAUUUUGCUCAUCUCAACUCCAUUAUUGGGCUUCUCGACCCUCGUCUCCACACUGCGCCUUACGUAAGGAGACGCUCAACGGUUCUCUACACCACAAUCAUCUCUGUGUCGAGCAAGUUUUUCCUGCCUCGCGUACAUCAACAAUGUCAUGCUCUUAGUCAGAGUCUCAUUGGGAGAGCUUUGGCUUCGGACAUGUGCAACAUCGAAUACAUCCAGGCGCUUUCAUUGAGCACAUUCUACAAGGACGCUGACGACGCGAGCAGUUGGAGAAAAGUUGGGCUUGCCAUACGUAUGGCCUAUGAGCUGAACUUGCAUGAAUUCAGGACUCAGCCACUACCAAAAGACGAGCUAGAAGCCAGAAAACAACUGAAUAGAGAGCGGACUUGGAUACAGCUUGUGUUAUACGACUUUACUACAGCAUCACAAAGAAACAAACCUAAUAUGGUUCCAGAUCACGAUCUCCCAGACGUAGAAGGAUGGGUCCGUGAUCACCCUCAGUUUCCUUGCUAUGCCGAUGCCCAGCUUGCUGGAUCCUUUUCGUUCUUGAUGGUUUAUCGACUGAUCCAAGCUACGCGGUCAUCGAUGAUGUCCUCAAAACCGGGUGGAUUUGAUGCAACCAUUAGACACUUGUUCCGAAUGUUAGAUGGGACCCCCAAAUUCUGGGCAACGCUCGAAGAUGCAUCCGCCGGACUUGCUCCCGUUUCAAGAUCAAUAAUGAGGUUUUACUAUUUUAGUUCCCAACUUUCGAUCCAUGAAUUACAAAUGUUGGCACUUGUCUCUCCGUCGGUCGAAGCAACCCAAGCAGUGUUGCAACAGUGCAAAGAUUCAGCAGCUUUGGUGCUCAAACAUGUUGUUGAAGACAUGGCGCCGAGCGGUUACAUACCGUAUACCCAGGAUGGAAUCGCAUUUGCGACCGCAUACGCGGGCGUUUGGUUAUACAAGCAUCUAUCACGAUUUGAACCCGGAACAAUUCUCGAGAUCGUGGGAUUAUUCAAGGGGGUUGUCGAGGCGUGCGAAAAACAAAGUCAGCAACCGAAAGAUAUUCCGUCUUAUUUUGCACGAUUCUUCUCGCAUUUGGCGCGGAACUCGGAAAGUGUAAAGACUCCCAUACAACAAAUGAUGAGUGCGGAUAGAACGCAGCCCCAAUCUGUUGCAAACGCAUUGUUCCCGGAUAUUAGCUUCCCGAUGGCAGAUUACCAGGAAUAUGUACCACCCGAACUCAUGCCGCCAUUAGAUGGGAUGGAUGCGCAUUGGAUGAACGUCAUGAGCGGGUUGGACGAUUGGUGGAAAAACUACACUUACCUCGGUUCACUACAUGGUUAUUCCACAUAG